AUGGCUCUUGAUGCGAAUCGCUUCCCGCACCUCCUCGACGCCGUCGUCAACGCGGUCAUUGAUGGGGAGGACGAAACGUCAAUUCAUUCAUUGCGUCGGACAAACCACUCAGUGCGAGACUUCAUCGACCGCCACAUCGUACGCCACGUAGCCUGCACUCGGCGGGAUGACGAGGUGUGCGAUGAGAACGGACGCCCACGCCGCGUCUUCGCCGUCUUCACCGCCGUCGGCCGUGUGCGCCUCGACUACGGUCGGCCACGAGUAGCUGCACGCGUGCGCACGCUCGACAUAUACGCAGACAAACUCGCUCUCUCCCUACCGGCGCACCUGCACACCUGCGAACCCAUCCAGUUCCCCAAUCUGCGAUACGUGCGGAUGUUCUGCGACCGCUGGACAGAGUUGCGGGGCUGGAUCUCUCGAGACGCCAGCGGUAUCACCAUGAUCAUCCCCAUCACGGCCUCUCGGGCGAGCUUCUGGAGCAUUCUCCUCUACGCUGCCCCACGGGCCUUUCGUCGCUGGAUUACUGUUGCGCCUGCACAGAUGUUCUCGGAUGGUCGUCCUGACGAGCCGUUCACGUGGUCCUCCGAUCCCCUGGAACGGUCCAACGCACCCGAGGACACAGCUACGGGGGUGAAUCACUCCAUCCUUCAUCAAGACCCGGUCGAGACCAGUGAAUUCGCCGAGCUCACUGGGAGGAGACCCUCCGAUCUGCCCUUCGGAAAGAGUUUUGUUAGCUCUGUCCUGACGUUUGAAGAGGCUGCAGAGGAGCUCAAGACCGACCAACAGCGAGCCCUAGGGCAGGUCACUAUCAGAGACUGUGCCCUCGCCGGACCUGAGAGAUUGACCCGACACUUUGUGGACGAGUACAGAAGCGAGUCAUGGAAUCCUUGUCCUGAAGAAUACCCUUGCCGCUUUGUGACCUUGUCGGGGUGGAGGGCGCAAAUGACGGAUGAGGAGUGGGAGCUCGUUCAGUCAAUCCCCAAGAGCUGUUGGAAACUGUCCGAGGGUUGGUAUGCAUAA